GUACAGUAAGUAUUUUGUAAGUAGUUGUGACGAUCAAUGAGAGUGCUUAUGCGACAUACCUACUCGUACAAGGUAGCUUGCGACUGGAGACCGAGCAAAGAUGCAGAGCGCCAGCACUAAACCGCAGUUCGCCGACUGGCUGAUUCGCCAGGUCAACAGCGGCCAGUACGAGGGGCUGAACUGGGUGGACAACAACAAGUUCCGGGUCCCUUGGAAGCACAACUCCAGGAAGGACGUCAGUGAUGAGGACAGCAAGAUAUUCAAGGCUUGGGCUGAGGCCAGUGGCAAAAUUAAAGAGAACCCGAACGACAGGGCCAAGUGGAAGACCAACUUCCGCUGCGCUCUCAACUGCCAGAAGAAGUUCCGCAUGGUGGAGGACCAGUCCAAGCACCCGGACUACCCCCACAAGGUGUUCCAGCUCUCCACCUCCGAGUAUAAUUAUGAAGAGCCGCCUGCAAGGGAUAUUCUCAUGGACUCCAGCUGUCCCUUGAUUGAAGACCUCUACAAUACAGACCCAGUAGCUAUGCAGGAAGAAGAGUUGUUAAAUGACAUGGAUGGCUUAACUCUUAACAACCAACCGCAAGCAGGUGACCAUCUUUGGAAUGAUCCGUAUGCUUGCAAUAUACCUGCCGUACAGAACGUCUAUCAGCCCAUAGAGCCCCAGAUAAUGAGCCAGAACCACAUGGCGGCCCCAGCCGUUCCGCCGUGCGGCGUAGCGUACCCCCUGCUGGAGCUCACCGUGCAGUACAGGAGCCGGGAGGUGCUGAAGACCACGCUGACCAGCCCGCGGGUGCAGCUGCACUACCUGCAAGAGGAACCGGCCCUGCAGGCCGUCCCCGUCUGCUUCCCCAACACCGAGGGCCUGCUGGACCACAAGCAGAUCGAGUACACGCAGCGCAUCCUGGCCAGCGUCCAGCGGGGCCUCCUGCUGGAGGUGCGCGGCACCGGCGUGUACGCCGUCCGCCAGGACAAGUGCCACGUGUUCGCCAGCACCGGCGCCUCCUCCCAGGUGCCCCACCCGCACCCCACCAAGCUGCCCCAGAAGGAGGAGGUGGAGCUGCUCAACUUUCAGAAGUUCCUCAGCGAUCUGGGGGACUUUCAGAACAACAGGCAGAGGUCCCCGGAGUACGACAUCUACUUGUGCUUCGGAGAGAAGUUUCCGGAUGGAAAGCCACGCGAGAAGAAGCUAAUCACGGUGAAGGUGGUGCCCCUGUUCUGUCGGUACCUCCAUGAGAAGGCGCAGGCAGAAGGAGCCUCGUCCCUCCACAGCGGGAGCAUCAGCCUGCAGAUCUCACACAACAGCUUGUUCGACCUCAUCGAGUCUGUGUACAGCAUGCCCUCCGUCGAAGUCUGAAGCCUCUGACCACCGACACUCCUCAACCCUCCUGGGAGCACUUCUGAACGGAAACUCCUUCUACUCUCGGUCUCUUUCUCAUAUACUCUCUCUGUUUCUCUCUCCUUCGAUCAGUCUCUGUCAUUACUCUGCAGUUUUGCCUCAGUAUAUGCCUAUCAUUACUAAGAAUAUCCAACACUAUGGAAAAGAAGAAGAAGAAGAAGAGGAAGAAAAUGAAAUACCAGUUAAUUAAGCACUUGACUCAUUUGAAAGCAGUUGGAAGGGGUGCCAGUUAAGUCGAUUAUUACAUUACAUUAACGGCAUUUUGCAGAUGCUCUUACCCAGUGCAAAUCAAACCCAGGGACAAGCACGUUCAGGACCCUCGAGGAAAGUACGACAUCCACUUGUUAUUUGGAGAGAUGUUUCCGUAUGGAGAAAUCUCACGCGAAGAAGAAACUAGUCACAAUAUGGUCCACCGAUGUUUUUAUUUUUUUAUUUCUAAUUUUUUUAUUUUGUAUUUAACACUGUUACGAAUCAGCAGAUGCUGGAGGGUAUUAAUGGCGGUGUGCCUUUGCUCUCUCUUCACCUCAUUUUCGGAAAUAAGAGAUAACGCCUUCUAUGACUGGUCCUCAGUAAGCACUGCACAGACCUUCAUGAAUGUUUAUGUUAAAAAACGGCGAACAGGCAAAAGAGACAUCGGUCACGUCACUUGACGCUUCAGUGUCGAUAUGACACACUAUUUUCCGACUUUUGGUGAUCGGCAUAAACAUUCAUGAACUUUAUAUAUUCGUGUUGUGCUCGUGUAGGAGUUGCCUGGCUCAUCAAAGGACUCAUGCAUAGAAAGCGUUAACAAAAUGACAUUAAAGAAAUGUUUAAAAUCAAUAAUUUCUUUAAGUGUUCGGUAAAAGAGCUCGUUGUGUUUGAUGGGCGUUUCUUGAGUGCCGCGAUAACGGCAUCAGUUCGUCGCAGUUGCACACCGAGGACCGGGCUGUGGCCGGGGCUUGAUCUCCGGUCCUGCCAAAGCCGAGGUUAGCCGGCAUGGGUGGCAUAAUUGGCUCGCUGCUCCGAGGGAGGGGGUAGGGUGGAGUGGACUCGGCACGGCCUGUAGGAUCGCCGAAUACAGCAGAGCGAAUGAUUGCACUUGCUUCACGAGAAUUUGAGACGAUGCGGCUUGUAGAAGGCGUAUCGCUCUCUUAUUAUCCUGAUCUUCCCGGGGUGCCGAGCGACAGGCCCGUUGUGGUGUAUCCACAGCGCCGUGGGCGAUUGGAAUAGAUAGGGUACAAUUGGCUACCAAAUUGGGAAAAAAUGGGGGGAGGGGGGGGGGGGGUAAUCAGAAACAAUUGUUAAAAAAAAAAAAUGCGUGGAAAAGGCCAAAGUCAUUACACUGAUGUGUAAUUGAAUUUGGUAAAUGAGUUUAUAGAACUCAUUGUGUUUUCUCUUCUUGUGAAGAUUUUUUUUUCCGACAUUCUGCCCUAUGGGUUAAAUUGGGAAAGCAAGCACGUCCUCCUUGCACAUAGUAUAAAGACUUUGAUACACUGGUUAUUUUGGCUCUCAUCUAAAACCCUUUACUGUCAAUGCUGGAGCUACUGUUAUACCUUGUUGCAAAGUACAAUGUGUCUUUUUGUAGACAAAUAAAACCUUGUGUUUAACCAAUAA